AUGCACGUGAUCUUGCGUGUUGUUGUUGGUGACUCCAGACUGCCUGCUCUGGCUCUGGCGCAGACGUCUUCUGUCUUGCUUCUGCCCGAGGAUAACCGCUUGGACUUGCUGGAGUUCGAGGUUCAGCGCCUCCGAGCCCAUCAGACCCUCGGGCUGAAACGGGGAUGCCGAGACCCGAGACGAGACCCAGAGACAGAGGGCUUUGAGCCAAACGCCGCGGAUCAGCUCAACGCAGCAGACCCCACGUGGCAAUGUGUUGCCGCCCAUGCCUCCCAAGCCGACGUCCGGGGCGAUGCGUCGCCGCCCCCAGCCGUCGAGACUGCGGCCGAAGCAGCGGAGGAAACCAUGACGGAAGAAGACUUUGAGGCUGAGCUUCUUAAAGCCCACGAGGACCUGUUGAAUGCCAUGCGAAAGCAGGAAAACAAGAGUGCGAUCGUCAAACACCCGUCGCUGGGCGUGGUGCGCUUGGACUAUGACUAUCCGCCAGCGCCUGGGGACUCGGAUUGCCCCGGAACCCUGGCUCAGCAGUGUCAGCGCUGGAAGCCACGGCAUGGGCGCGAAUCCAGGAAGCUUUGGCUACGACGUCUUCUACCGCUGCGUUCGGGCGCCUUCACGGAGAUGGUGGAAAGGCGCUUUGCAGAUGCCAUCAAACACUUGGAGGCCCGUGGUGUGUCGGCCAUCACUGGAGACUGUGGCUUUAUGAUGGCCUUCCAGGUUCUUGCCAGGAAAAUUGCCAAGAAGCCGAUCUUCAUGUCCUCCAUGGUGCAAUGCCCCAUCAUCGCAGCCUCCUUGGACCCUGAUGAUGAUGUUCUCAUCCUCACGGCGAACGACAAGUCCCUCAAGCCACAGAAGGAGAUCCUCCUGACGAGUUGUGGCUUCGACGUGACCCAGGACCGCUUCCACAUCCACGGCUGCCAAGAUGUCCCAGGUUUCGAGGCGGUCGCUUUGGGCCAGAAGGUGCCUUUGGAGACCGUGCAGCCAGGCAUCGUCAAGCUGGUACAGGAGAUCUUGGAGCAAAAACCACAGAUCCGCGCGAUCCUUCUAGAGUGUACAGAGCUUCCACCCUAUGCUGAUGCACUGCGCUACUUUACCGGACUGCCAGUAUGGGAUGCCAUCACGGCGGCGGACUUCUACGUGACCGCCUUCCAGGACUUCCCACGCUUUGGGCUUCAGGAUUGGCAACGAGAAUGGGAUGGCUCGCAAGAAGACUACGAACUGGGCAUGAAUCUCACGAAGGAUGAAAUGGAGCUGGUGGUGAACAAGGCCAAGGAGACCAGAGAGAAGAAAUCUGAGGCGCAAGAAGGCAAAGAGCAGCAGAAGGCUUCCAGGCGGAUCCGACGACAGCAGGCGCCAAUUCUGGGCGUGAUCCGCUUGGACUACAACUACCCCCCGGCCAAGGGCGACAUCGACUGCCCUGGCAGCUAUGAGUAUGACGUUCUCUUCCGUGUGGUUCCUGGCUUUACCUUCGCCAUGGCCAUGACGGGGCAAAUGUCACCGGAUGUGGAGCAGGAGUUCAUCGAUGCUGUGAAGUGGUUGGAGGGUCGUGGGGUCGCAGGCAUUACUGGUGAUUGUGGGUUUAUGAUGGCCUUCCAGCCGCUUGCCAGUCAAAUCGCAUCGGUGCCGGUCUUCAUGAGUUCGAUGAUGCAAUGCCCGAUGAUCUCUGUGGCCUUCGACAAGUACGACAAGGUGUUGAUCCUCACAGCCAACGACGAGUCGCUUAAACCUCAAAAGGAGACCCUGUUGCGACAGUGCGGUUUCAACGUCGAUGACCAGCGGCUCGGAUGGGUCGGUGGAAACAAUUAA